GUUGCUGUGAGAGAGAACCACCAGCAGCACCCGCGGGCGAGCGCAGCUACCCCGCGCCUGCGGCCUGCCUCAGGCCGUCCAGCCGAACCCUAGCAACACCGACGCCGCUAUUGGCCCCAGGCCAGGCGGCACCGCCACUCCCGCGCAUCCGUCCCCUAUGGCACGUCCUGCUCCGCCUCCGCCUCUCCUCUCCGUCGGCGGUUGGGGCGCCGCGCCCUGAACUCCGAGGUGCGUUUUUUCCUCUUACAAAUCUUGUUGAAAAGCCUGGAUUUAAUAUUAGCUGAAACUGAAAGCUUGUUAAAUUCGAGGUCAGAGUUGGGGAAUUCUGAUUCCACCCGCCAUGGCUACCACCCAUGCGCAUUGUACAAAGCUCUGAGGUCAAUAUUAUAUGAUAACGGACGCUAAAAACAUGCUACUUCAGAUGCUUAAGAGUGCUGACGCUGCACUUGUAUCAACCCUUAUUUAGAUCUACACGGCUUCGCAUCGGGCUGUACUAUUGAGAAGCUUGAAUAGAUCCAAACAAAGUGUAAAAGCGACAAAGGACGGGGAUACCCGCUAAGUGUGCAUACAAGACUGAAUUUGCUAAAAACAAAGUAAGGCCGGCCGGCGAUUCAGCACUAGAGCAUAUUUUCAAAGCAACUAAAGCUAUCAAGUGUCAACGUGUGCACGGCAAUUAGAUAUUUCGAUGCUGCGUAACGCCAACGCCGUCUCUGUGCUACUUAAUCCCUCUCAGAAAGGCAAACUACAUCACUCAUCUCCACCUAAAACAAUAAUAGACAUGGUCCCGUCUCCUGUGAUAUGCUAUGCUUCUGAAGACUAGAGGUAGGUGCACUGUUUCUUCUAUCUAUGAGUAUUGCGGGCACUUUCAUUCAUACUUUUCACUUCAUUCAGAUCUUUUACAUGUGAAUCAGGCGCACUUAAACUCCGGUUUUGCAUCACGAAAUAGUGAGCGAGCGGCAAAGCUAUGUCAUGAUGAAACUCUUGGUGCUCAUAGUAUGGGCACUGUUGCUAUUGUCUCAUGGAUCUGGAAGCCUCAUUUGCGCCGUCCUCCAUGGGAACGAUACGGAUAUGCUGUCGCUCCUUGAUUUCAAGCGCGCAAUCUCCGAUGAUCCGAAAGGGUUCUUGAGCUCAUGGAACACCAGUAUUCACUUCUGCAACUGGCAGGGUGUGAAGUGCAGCCUCGCAGAGCAUGAGCGCGUUGCAGAAUUGGACCUGUCGGAGCAGAGUUUUGUCGGGGAAAUCUCUCCUUCCCUUGGAAACAUGUCAUAUCUUACUUAUCUCAACCUUUCCAGAAGCAAGUUCUCUGGUCAGAUACCACAUCUUGGCCGGCUGCGAGAGCUGGAGUUUCUUGAUCUGAGUUACAACUCGUUACAAGGGAUUAUUCCAGUGACGCUCACAAACUGCUCCAACUUGAGGGUGUUAGACCUCUCAAGAAACUUAUUGACGGGUGAAAUUCCCGCAGAAAUAUCCCUUCUCUCCAAUCUGACAUGCUUGUGGCUUCCCUAUAAUGAUCUUACCGGGGUCAUUCCACCAGGCCUUGGCAAUGUCACUUCUCUAGAACAUAUUAUUCUGAUGUAUAACCGGUUAGAGGGGGGCAUUCCGUACGAGUUUGGGAAAUUGUCCAAGAUGUCAAACUUACUCCUUGGUGAAAACAAGCUAUCAGGUAGAGUCCCAGAGGCCAUUUUUAAUUUAUCUCUGCUAAAUCAAAUGGCGCUGGAGUUGAAUAUGCUAGUUGGUACUCUACCAUCUAACAUGGGUGAUGCUCUCCCUAACCUCCGACUUCUUACGUUGGGUGGUAACAUGCUGGAAGGUCUUAUCCCAGACUCAUUAGGCAAUGCAUCUGAGCUACAGCUGAUAAACUUAGCAUAUAAUUACGGGUUUAGAGGACGAGUCCCACCUUCUCUUGGUAAACUUCUGAAGCUCAGUAAGCUAGGCCUUGACACAAACAGUCUUGAAGCAAAUGACAGUUGGGGCUGGGAAUUCUUGGAUGCAUUGAGCAACUGCACUUCUCUACAGAUGCUUUCACUCUAUGCAAAUCGGCUACAAGGAAUCUUGCCAAAUUCUGUUGGCAACCUUUCGUCUAAUGUUGACAACCUCGUGUUUGGCAGGAACAUGCUAUAUGGAUCGGUUCCGUCAAGCAUAGGAAAUCUCCAUAGACUAACUAAGCUUGGACUGGAGGAGAACAAUUUGACUGGUCCGAUUGAUGGAUGGGUUGGAAAUCUUGUUAAUUUACAAGGUUUAUAUCUUCAACAGAACUAUUUCACUGGGCAGCUUCCAACUUCCAUUGGCAAUAACUCCAAGCUGUCAGAACUGUUUCUGGCAAAUAAUCAAUUCCACGGUCCCAUACCAUCGAGUUUAGAAAACCUUCAGCAACUCUUGUAUUUAGACCUUAGCUAUAACAAUCUUCAAGAAAAUAUACCAAAAGAGGUUUUUAGUGUAGCCACAAUUGCCCAAUGUGCGUUAUCCCACAACAGUCUAGAAGGCCAAAUUCCUCACAUCAGUAAUCUUCAACAACUCAACUAUCUAGAUCUUUCAUCCAACAAGCUUACCGGGGAAAUUCCACCUACUUUGCGCACAUGCCAGCAAUUGCAAGCCAUCAAAAUGGACCAGAACUUUCUCUCAGGAAGCAUUCCCAUAUUUCUAGGCAGUCUUAACAGCUUGAUCGAGCUCAACCUUUCACAUAACAAUCUCUCAGGCCCUAUCCCAAUUGCUCUAAGCAAACUGCAACUUCUCACCCAGUUGGAUCUAUCCGACAACCAUCUUGAAGGAGAAGUACCAAUAGAAGGAAUAUUCAAAAAUACGACAGCCAUUUCCCUGAAAGGCAAUUGGCGGCUUUGUGGAGGUGUACUGGACCUACAUAUGCCUUCAUGCCCCACUGCUUCUCAGAGAAGAUCUAGAUGGCAAUACUAUUUGGUCAGAGUAUUGGUGCCCAUAUUAGGCAUUGUGUUACUCAUAUUAGUAGCCUACUUAACCCUUCUCAGAAAGAGGAUGCAUUUAUCGCUGCCUUCUUCGGAUGAGCAAUUCCCUAAAGUAUCUUAUAAGGAUCUAGCACAGGCUACUGAGAACUUCACAGAAUCUAACUUGAUCGGGAGAGGAAGUUGCGGUUCUGUGUACAGAGCAAAGCUAAACCAAAAACAGAUGGUUGUAGCAGUGAAAGUUUUUGACCUUGGCAUGCAAGGUGCGGAUAAAAGUUUCAUCUCAGAAUGUAAAGCACUGAGAAACAUUCGGCACCGGAAUCUUCUUCCAAUUCUGACUGCAUGCUCAACAAUUGAUAAUCGAGGCCGGGAUUUUAAAGCUCUUAUCUACAAGCUCAUGCCCAAUGGCAACUUGGACACUUGGCUGCACCCGACAGAAGAUGGAAAAGCCCCAAAGCAACUGGACCUUUCUCAAAGAAUGAAAAUAGCUCUUGAUAUAGCCGAUGCAUUGCAAUAUAUACACCAUGACUGUGAGAGCCCUAUUGUUCACUGUGACUUGAAGCCCAGCAAUAUCCUUCUAGAUUAUGAUAUGACAGCUCGUUUGGGGGACUUUGGCAUCGCAAGGUUCUACAUCAAAUCCAAGUCAGCAGCAGCUGGAGGUUCGAGUUCAAUGGGUACAGUAACUCUCAAGGGCACGAUUGGGUAUAUUGCUCCAGAGUAUGCAGGAGGCAGCUACCUAUCCACCUCCGGAGACGUGUACAGUUUCGGGAUAGUACUGCUGGAGAUGCUGACAGGAAGAAGGCCGACUGACCCUAUGUUCUGUGAGGGGCUUGGCAUCGUGAACUUUGUAAGGAGGAACUUUCCAGAUCAGAUACUUCCCAUCCUUGACGCUUCUCUCCGAGAAGAAUGCCAAGACUGCUCUCGGGAUAAUCAGGAAGAAGAAAACGAAGUCCACCGGGGCUUGCUGUCCUUGCUGAAAGUGGCACUUUCUUGUGCGAGCCAGGAUCCUAAUGAGCGAAUGAACAUGAGAGAAGUAGCUACUGAAUUGCAUGCUAUCGACACGUUGUAUGCGUCUUGAAGGGGAUGCCAUGUACUAGAGCUGUAUCAUACAUAUAUACCAGCUGAUAAGAAGCGUGUAACUAGAGCUGUAUCAUACAUUCAUACUAAAGUGGCCGUGUAGAGCUUUUAUACUCUAGAAAAUUAUCUUUUGGGCUGUGACUUUGUUCCUAGCCUUUGAAA